AUGGGUCGACGACAUGCCAAUCCGCUGCACAACCCGCUGCACUAUGCGGCACGGCAACCGCCUUCCGGCCCCCCGGUGACCGCAGCCGCGGCCGGGCGAGCCCUUCCCAGCUACGACUACGUCAUUGUGGGCGCCGGCGCGGCGGGAUGUGUGCUCGCCAACAAGCUGUCCGAGGACAAGGACGUGUCGGUGCUCGUCCUCGAGGCCGGCGGCGACAACACGAAGGUGUUGGAGUGCAAGGUCCCGCUCAUGUUUUCCAAACUCUUCCACGGCCAGCAUGAUUGGGACUACUACACCGUGGAACAGGAGGCCGUGGCCUCUCGCCGACUGUACUGGCCGCGCGGGCGCAUCCUCGGCGGCUCGUCGUCCAUGAACGCCAUGAUCUACCACCACUGCUCCGCCUCCGACUUUGACGAGUGGGAGUCGGUCCACGGCUGCGACGGCUGGGGCUAUCGAGACCUCGCUCCGCACUUUCGAAGCGUCGAAAAGUUCACGCCCAACCCGGCCCGCCCGGCCAUCGAUGCGGCGCACCGUGGCGACGCCGGCAAGUGGCAGACGGGCUACUCGUGGCUGUCUCAGAUUGUCGAGGACGGCUUCCUCCCGGCCUGCGACGACGCCGGCAUCCCCCCCAACAGCGACAUCAAUACCAAGAACGGCAGUCUGGGCGUCACGCGGCUGCAGACCUUUAUCGACAGCAAGGGGCAGCGGUCGUCGCUGGCCACGGCCUUCCUGACCCCGGAUGUCCUGCGCCGGCCCAACCUGUACGUGGCCUGCGGCGCCCAAGUCACCAGGGUCCUGUUUGACCGAAUCAACAAUGCCGAGCCGACUGCCAUUGGCGUCGAGUUCCAAGUCUCCCGGGGCGGCGAGCGGUACCAGGUCCACGCCGGGCGCGAGGUCAUUCUCUCCGCGGGAGCCGUCAACACGCCCCAGACGCUCAUGCUCAGCGGCAUCGGGCCCGAGGACGAGCUGAAGAAGCACUCGAUUGCGCCUGUCUUUGCCAACGACAACGUCGGGAGGCAGCUCAAGGACCACCUCUGCAGCAACGGCGUCUUGUGCAAGUCCAAGAAGGGCUCGACCCUCGACUACCUCGCCGACGACAUCAAGGCCAUCCCGGCCCUGGUGCAGUGGCUGCUAUUCGGGACCGGUCCGCUGACCAGCAAUGUCGGCGAGGCCGCCGCCUUUGUCCGGACCUUUGAGUACGACUUGCCCGGUCUCGUUCCCAAGGACUACACCUCUGGCGACAAGGCCCCGGACUUGGAGAUUAUCGGCGCGCCGAUUGCUUUUAUCCACCACGGAGAGGAACGGCCUCUGGACGAUGCCAAUGUCUUUAGUCUGGCCCCGAUCGGCCUGCGGCCACAGAGCAGUGGCACAAUCCGCCUCAAGAGCGCAGACGUCUUUGACCACCCCAUCAUUGACCCCCAGUAUCUCACCGACAAGGAGGACAAUGACAAAAAGGUCUUGAUAGCCGGACUCCGCCUCUGUCUCAAGAUUAUGCGCAGCCCAGCCUUCCAAAAGUACUUGGACCCCGUCCCCGCGAACGACGACCCUUCGUCGUACUGGUGGCCGUAUUCGUGCAGCGAUCCCGACGCCGUGACCGACGAGCAACUCGGGCGCUACCUGGUCGAGCGGGCAUUCACCCUCUACCACCCCGUCGGUUCGGCGAGGAUGGGGCCGUCGCCCUCCGACAGCGUUGUCGAUACAGAGUGCCGCGUGUACGGGACGAAUGGGCUUCGCGUUGUCGAUGCCAGCAUCUUUCCAGAGCAGAUUAGCGGGCAUCCGACGGCGCCUAUUGCGGCCAUUGCACACAGGGCCAGCGAGAUGAUUAAACAGGGCCGCAAGACUGCCUAG